AUGCUUGUGACCUUGAAACUAAAGAGUGUGACUCUUGUGGAUGUUUCUUCCUUGCCUUCUUUCACGACCCUCAAAACUUUGAGCCUUGUAUCUGUGAAUUACCCUGGUGAUGAAUUUGUCAAGAGGAUUUUUUCCAGUUGUCAUGCCCUUCAAGAUUUGGUUGUGGAACGAUGUCUUAAUGACAAUGUUACCAUUUUCACCAUUAUAGUGCCUUCUCUGAAAAGUGUAAAUUUGUACAACGGUGGAGGCGGUAAACAUGGUUUUCUGAUAGAUGCUCCUCUUUUAGAGACCAUGGAUAUUCUUGAUUAUGUCAGAGAUUUUUGUGUCAUUGAGAAUGCUAUGCUUAAGAUAGUCAAGGCCAGUGUUGAUGUCAGUUCUAGUCAUCCCGGGAAUAUUUUGGGUUAUAUUACUUCAGUCAAGCGCCUCUUUUUAUGCUUUUAUUCAACUUCAAAGGAGGUAUAUCCUGUUGGUACAGACUUCCACUGUCUUGUACAUUUAACCCUAUGCACAUGUAAGACAGAGUGGCUGAACCUACUUAUGUACAUGCGCAUAAAUUCUCCUACGUUACUAGCUCUCAUACUCAAUCAGCACCAUAAACUACGGGCUACACCACAGCAACGCCCGUGUUGGGAUGAACCAAGUUCAGUCCCUGAAUGUUUGUUAUGGAGUCUUGAAACUCUCGAAUGGGUAAACUAUGAAGGAACAAGAGACGAGAAAGAAGUGGCAGCAUUCAUCUUAAGAAACGGAAGCUGUUUAAAGAAGGCAACUAUCUCCUCCAAAGCUACGGAUCCCAGCAUGAAACUUGAGAUGAUCAAGGAAUUGGCAUCGUCACCCAGGCGCUCACCUGCAUGUCAGCUCAUAUUUGACUGA